AUGUUGAAAAUUAUUAUCCUUAUCUGGGCUUUGAUUGUCAGCGUAACUGCUGCUCCCGGAUUCUUAGGCGGGGGCGGUGGAUAUGGUGGUGGAUAUGGUGGUGGCUAUGGGGGAGGCUAUGGUGGACAUGGCGGAGGUGGAGGUAUUGCUGUUUCUUACGCAGCCGCUCCUGUAGCAGUUGCCGUGCCAGUUGCUAAGGUCGCAGUGGCUGCCGUACCUGUCGCCAAGGUUGCCGUGGCAGCUCCGGUUAUUGCAUAUGGCGGUUACGGUGGCGGCAAAUAUGGUGGCGGCUAUGGCGGCUAUGGCGGCUACGGCGGCUAUGGCGGCUAUGGCGGCCACGGUUGGGGCAAAUAA